AUGGGGUCGGUCUUCGGGAAAGUCAGCGUCGAGACACCCAAUUUCGAGGUGCUCCACAGCUGCCCCGACUACGAGAUCAGAAGGUACCCCCACUCUGUGGUCGCCCAGAUCACCUACGACCCGGCGCAGAUGCGCGGAGACCGGGACGGCGGCUUCAUGGUCCUCGCCAGCUACAUCGGCGCCCUCGGCAAGCCCCAGAACUCCCGCCCCGAGAAGAUCGCCAUGACCGCCCCUGUGAUCACCACCGCCGCAGAUGCCUCGGAGAAAAUCGCCAUGACGGCGCCGGUGAUCACCACCACCGGCGAGGCCGGAGACGCCUCAGAGAAGAUCGCCAUGACGGCGCCGGUAAUCACCACCGGUGGUGGUGCCGGAGACGCCUCCGAGACGGCCGCUGCGGCGGGGAGCGGCACGGUGACGAUGCAGUUCUUACUGCCGUCCAAGUACACAAAGGCGGAGGAGGCACCGACGCCGGCGGACGGGAGAGUGGUGAUCAGGGAGGAGGGCGAGAGGACGUACGGGGUGGUGAAGUUCAGUGGGCUGACGACGGACAAGGUGGUGGCGGAGAAGGUGGAGAAGCUGAGGCAGAGUCUGGAGAGGGACGGCCGCAGGGUGACGGGUCGGUUCCAGCUGGGGAGGUACAACCCGCCUUGGACGCUGCCCCCUUUUAGGACCAACGAGGUCAUGCUCCCCAUCGAGUAG